CCCCUCGCUCUUCACUAAACAUUUCAAGGGCCUCUCGUCUUUACAGAAACAUAAAUACAGAUUUUUGUAUAAUACUUGUGGUUGUUCGCACCACAGCGAGUUGUCGGGCCUUUGCCGGGUCACGUGACGACCACGCUCGUUCUGAAACAUGUCGGCGAUCAAGACUCUCAACCCUAAAGCAGAAGUUGCUCGAGCAGCUCAGGCUCUUGCUGUGAAUAUAAGCGCGGCAAAAGGACUCCAGGAUGUACUCAGAACUAACCUUGGACCCAAAGGUACCAUGAAAAUGUUAGUUUCAGGUGCUGGUGACAUCAAAUUAACAAAGGAUGGCAAUGUUUUGCUGCAUGAAAUGCAAAUCCAGCAUCCAACUGCAUCACUUAUUGCACGUGUUGCCACAGCUCAAGAUGACAUCACUGGUGAUGGAACAACUUCAAAUGUUCUUAUCAUUGGAGAGCUUUUGAAGCAGGCUGACCUGUACAUUGCAGAGGGUCUUCAUCCACGUCUUAUCACUGAGGGAUUUGAAUUGGCCAGAGACAAGGCUUUAGAGGUUCUUGAAGAGGUUAAGGUGAAACGUGAAAUAGACCGUGACAUCCUCAUUCAGGUGGCUCGCACUUCUUUGCGUACCAAAGUACACCAAGAUCUGGCAGACCUAUUGACAGAGCAUGUUGUGGACGCUGUCCUGGCUGUGCUGCGUCCUAAAGAGCCAGUGGACCUGCACAUGGUGGAGCUAAUGGAGAUGCAGCAUAAGACAGAGAUGGACACCGCGCUUGUGCGUGGUCUAGUGCUUGACCAUGGAGCGCGCCAUCCAGAUAUGAAGAAGCGUGUCGAGAAUGCUUACAUUCUGACAUGCAAUGUCUCUUUGGAAUAUGAAAAAACUGAGGUCAAUUCAGGUUUCUUCUAUAAGAGUGCUGAGGAACGUGAGAAGCUGGUUGCAGCAGAAAGAGCAUUCAUUGACGAGCGGGUACGCAAGAUUAUAGCACUGAAAAAGCAAGUGUGUGAUGGAACAGACAAGAACUUUGUUGUCAUCAACCAGAAGGGAAUCGAUCCCUUUUCACUUGAUAUGUUUGCCAAGGAGGGUAUUGUAGCCCUGCGUCGUGCUAAGAGACGUAACAUGGAAAGACUCACACUGGCUUGUGGAGGAAUGGCAGUCAACUCUGUUGAUGAUCUGACACCUGAUACACUAGGAGAAGCUGGUCUGGUGUAUGAAAGUGUCCUGGGUGAAAACAAGUACACCUUUAUUGAAGAGUGCAAAAAUCCCCGGUCUGUCACCAUCUUGAUCAAGGGUCCUAACUCACACACUAUCACACAAAUUAAAGAUGCCAUUCGUGACGGACUGCGUGCUGUCAAAAACGCUGGUGAAGAUGGCUGUGUUCUUCCUGGAGCAGGGGCCUUUGAGAUUGCUGCCUAUCAAGAAUUGAUGAAGUUCAAGGACAAAGUAAAAGGACGUGCCCGGCUUGGUGUGCAGGCAUUUGCUGAGGCACUUCUCAUUAUAGUAAAGGUGUUAGCACAGAACUCUGGUCUUGAUCCCCAAGAAGCCAUCGUGAAACUGCAGCAAGAAUACAUGGGACCACAGCCAGCUGUUGGUCUCGACAUCAAAACAGGCGAGGUUCUGAUUCCUGUGGAUGUUGGCAUUUUAGACAAUUACCGUGUCAAACGCCAGCUGCUUCACUCGAGUACUGUUAUAGCAUCCAAUCUACUGUUGGUGGAUGAGAUCAUGCGAGCAGGCAUGUCCUCAUUAAAAGGAGAUUAACAAGCAGCCAGGACAUCCAAGCCAGCUGUAGUGUUUGCUUCAGCACUCUCAUUCUCUCUUCACUUCUCUCAAGAACAAUUUCACCGUUCAUCCACCCCAUGCUUUUUCCUUCUUUUUUUUUUUUUUUAAAUGUGAUUCGCAGUCAUUCUCAGCUUUUGUUCUAAAUAUUUACAAAGUAAACUUUUUUUUUAAAAAAGCUGUUUUUGUUUGCUGUUUUGUAACAUUUAUUACUUCAGUGUUAUAUACAAUAAAAAUGCAGAUAAUCAUUCAAAAA